CGAAAGCGUGCGUACGGUUCUACGUGCGCGGUCGUCGCGUCGACGCAUUAUAAUACGUCAUUAAAUUGCAUAAUUCGUGGAUGCGACCUACGUAACGACGUCGUGUCGUCCCUCCGACUCCGAGACUCGUCGAGCCCGGAUUAAAGGGACUUGAUACAUCGUGAAAACAGAAAGGCAAAAAGAGAGGAAGGGGAAGAACGAGAGAGAGAGAGAUAGAGAUUCAGACUUUGUUCGCCAACACCCCCGAGCAUGGCGGACCGGUAUGGUAAUAAUGGUGCGUUCCGGAAACGCGGGAGUGCCGAAAGUGCAUGAAACCGAGAUCCUCGAAAGCGUCGCGUCGUUCGUCGAUUUUUGGCGGGCAAACGCUUCUCGGCGGCUCCGGAUGGUGCUUGCUCGUCAAAUCCAUCAAUGGAUCAUAAUUGCUAAUAAACAACAAUAAGUCGGUGUUUUCGAGUGACUAUCAAAACAAUUUCAGUGUGUCGAGUAAUCGUCUGUUAUCGCUCGCGAGUAUUCACGAUAACGGCGUCUAGGAAAGAGGAUUGUCGAAAGAGGAGGUAAAAGGAAGAGACGCAAGCAGAACGGUGCAUCGCAUCGCGUCGCGUCGCGACGCGACAGUUUUGGCGCGCGUAUUUCAGCUGUCGCGUGCGACCGGCAGAUGGCCGGUACACCGGCUCGUCUCACCGACACGCCGGCGCGCGCGCUGCCUCUCUCUCUCUCUCUCUCGACGAGGCUCUCUGACUGUGCGGUUCUUAUGAAGGGCGGCAAGGAACGACGCGUCGUCACGCCUGAACGUGGACGCGCGUUCCGGGAUCUGUGAAAGUGCCUUUCCUGCGAGAACUCGUCGCAAUCGCCGCGAAUGGAGUUAUGAGAAACUAAAACGCGCCAUUUCCGACACAAUCAUUGUACCAAGAUGCCUCGAGUAAGGAGACAAGUGAUCCUGGAGGAUCCAGCCAGACCCGUUACACCAGAUAUGGCAGAAACAAAGUUGUUAAAGGCUGAAUUUUUGGACGAUGGAUCCUUGGAUGAAGUUCAGCCACAGAAGGUGGCAGAAGAAACACCGAGCCCUCAUUUACAAGAUCAUCAGUACGGUCAAACACCUUGUUAUCAAAUAACAAGGAAACCCACACAACCACCGCCAAGAGCUGAGAUAUCAGUUCAAGCGGUAAAAAGAAGACUGAAUUUGGAGGUAGGAACAACUGGUCCCAGCCAGUCUGCCUUCAAAGCUCCCAGAGGUAAACGUAGAAGAUCCGGUUCGAAUUCUUUAACUGGUCACACACCUACCAAAACUAAAACUGUAGAAAGGACGCGAUAUGAUACCUCUUUGAGUUUACUCACAAAGAAGUUUAUCCACUUAGUUGAAAGCAGUCAGGAUGGUGUAGUCGACUUGAAUGUAGCAUCGGAGAAGCUGGAGGUACAAAAACGUCGUAUAUACGACAUUACUAAUGUUUUAGAGGGCAUUGGGAUCUUAGAGAAGAAAAGUAAAAACAAUAUCCAGUGGAAAGACGGUCAAUUACCGAAUAAUCGAAACGAUAUCGCCAGUCUGAGAAGAGAGGUCGCGGAUUUGGAAGCUAAAGAAAAUACACUUGAUCGAUUAAUCCACGGUGCCGAUAAGAAUCUACGCGAACUAUGCGCGGACAGACAAUACGCUUAUGUAACGUAUCACGAUUUACGUUCAGUUUCAAUGUACAAAAACCAAGCUAUUAUGGCUGUGAAAGCCCCGCCGGAAGCUACCCUCCAUGUCCCACAACCUAUCAAUAACUUUGGUCAACAAAAGCUUCAAAUGCACAUGAGGUCGGAACACGGAGAGAUAGAAGUGUUUUUGUGUCCUGACGAUAACACAAUUAAAACAUCACCUUAUUCCGGAUAUGCGACAACGCAAACUGUGCCUCAAUCAAAAGAACUGUCAGACAUACCUUGUUUGUCUCCUGAAUUGGUGAUUAAGAAAGAAAGCGACGUCGAAUCAGUACCUUCCAAUGAGAGUUCUAUGAAUACUCGUCUGUGUACCCCUGUAACUACAGUUACCAGUAUAGCAGGCAUGAAGGAUGCGUUCCUAUGCGAAUCUGACGACUAUGGACCAAUGGGUGGCAAAUUCCAACUCCAAACGGAGGAUCAAAUCAGCACUUCAGAUCUGAAUUCGAUUCUCGAUUUUGGAGAGCAACUGCUAAGUUUGGAACCGCCUCUCUCCGAAAACGACUACUCGUUCUCAUUAGGCACCGAGGAGGGUCUGUCGGAUCUCUUCGAUUUCAAAUUCUAGAAAUAUCGUCGUUAUGCAAGAGCUUUCUUAAAUAUUUUGGACUAUAUCACUCUGAGUUUGGUACUCAAACGGAUGAAAACUGCUUGGUCAGUUUUAUAAUGCUCCUUCGCGUUAGACAAUAGGUGGUUGGCACUUUUUGUUUCCGCGCGUCGAUCUUUGCAAAGAAUCGCAAACACGCAAAAUCGUUUUUAUUUAUUUACUGUUACCCCAAGCGAAUGUUUUUCGAUCUGAAAAAUUGAUUAUCAAUUUUAUAUGUAUGGUUAAUUUUAAAAGCGCAGUAACGAAGUGAUUAAGCAUACAUGCAAUUUGUUAAAUAUUGUCGUCUUAAGAAACCAAUGAUAGAUUAUAAAUAUAAAAAUUAUUAUAUAGAAUGCA